AUGAGGAUCCUGGCCCUCGGCCUCGUCUGCCUGUUUUGCUGUAAUGCAGUUCGGGUUGAGAGGCGUCGUCCCAGACCAAUCAUGUCCAGAAGGAAGAAUGAGACUGAUGUCCAAAGCAAAGCAGCACAGAACUCUUGCAAGGCCAUCCCACUGGAUUUUGUCUUUGUCAUCGACAGCUCCAGAAGCAUCCGUCCCAACGACUAUGAGAAGGUCAAAACCUUCAUCAUCAACGUGAUUCAGUUCCUCACGAUUGGCCCUGAUGCGACACGGGUUGGUCUGCUUCAGUAUGGCAGCGUGGUCCAGCCUGAGUUCUCCCUCAACAACUACACCAAUAAGGCGGAAGUGGAGCAGGCAGUGAGGAACAUGGAGCACCUUGCCUCAGGGACUAUGACCGGUCUGGCCAUCCAGUACACCAUGGAAACUGCCUUCACAGAGGAAGAGGGAGCACGGCCGACAAACCUGCACAUCCCACGAAUUGCUAUGAUUGUGACUGAUGGGAGGCCACAGGACACGGUAGAGGAGCCUGCAGCUCAGGCGAGGCAGGUUGGCAUCCAGAUCUUUGCUAUCGGAGUGGGCAGGGUGGAUAUGAACACCCUGAAGGCCAUAGGGAGCGAGCCUCACUCUGAGCAUGUUCACCUGGUGGCCAACUUCAGCCAGAUAGAAACCCUCAUCUCUGUGUUCCAGUCCAAACUGUGUGGAGUUUCAGAGAUGUGUGAGGUUGUGGACCAUCAGUGCCAACAUAUCUGUGUGAGCAGCCCUGCUUCGUACCGGUGCCAGUGCAGGGAAGGGUUCAUCCUAAACCCUGAUGGAAAGACAUGUACAGAAAUUGAUCACUGUGCUGACGGCACCCAUGGCUGUGAGCAGGAGUUUAUUAACACCAACGACUCCUGUGUGUGUAAAUGCAGAAAAGGCUACACACUCAACCCUGACGGAAAAACUUGCAAGAAUACUGAUCACUGUGCUUAUGGGAAACAUGGCUGUGAGCACGACUUCAUGAACACUGAAGAUUCAUGUGUGUGUAAAUGCAGAGAAGGAUACACACUGCGACCUGAUGGCAAAACAUGUCAGAGUCUGGAUCUAUGUCAGACUGUGGACCAUGGCUGUGAACAUCAGUGUGUCAGCACCACUGACUCUUGCGUCUGCAGAUGUUUUGAAGGAUAUAUCUUGGCUGAGGAUGGGAAGAGCUGUAAAAAGCCAGAGUGUGGCCAUGGAGUCAUGGAUCUGGUUUUUGUGAUCGAUGGCUCGAAGAGUCUGGGCCCUGCCAACUUCGAGCUUGUGAAACACUUUGUAAACGGCAUUGUGGACUCGCUGGACAUUUCCAAGACAGGCACACACGUCGGCCUUCUUCAGUAUUCCACCAAAGUCUGCACCCAGUUCACCCUGGGCCAGUACACCACAGCGCAGGACGUCAAACAGGCUGUGGCCCGGAUGCAGUACAUGGGGAGAGGUUCUAUGACGGGCUCAGCCCUACGUCACAUGUUUGAGUUCAGCUUUUCAGUCAAAGAGGGUGCCAGGCCAAACACUCCACGUGUCACUGUUGUGUUCACUGAUGGGAGAUCACAGGAUGAUGUCUCUGAAUGGGCGACUAAAGCAAAGAACUCUGGGAUCACCAUGUAUGCCUUGGGUGUUGGAAAAGCCAUUGAGCAGGAGCUGAGAGAAAUAGCCUCUGAGCCUGAUGAAAAGCAUUUUUACUAUGCAGAGGAUUUUGAAAAGAUGGGAGAAAUUAAAAAGAAGCUCAAAUCCAGGAUAUGUAAAGACAAACCAGCUGAUGAAAACAUGUGCCAGUGUGAGAACGUGAUCAUGUUUCAAAACCAGGUCACUGAGAAGCUGAAGAACCUAUUCCAGAAUAUUGAGACCAUGUCCGAAAAGCUGGAGAAACUGGAGAAUCAAGUUGUGCACAAAUAA